UGUAAGCUGCCCCGGAGCGAUGGCCUCGUCCCCUCGCGUGCGCCCGCCCUGAGCGCUGCCCUCGCGGAUGCGGCGCCUGGCGGCAGCCCUCGGCCUUGCCCUCGCGGGUGGCGACGACGCCUUCCACGCGCGCCUCGACUUCCUCCGGAGCGAGGGCGGCCUCUUCCGGGACGUGGCCUUGAUCGAGGCCGAGGCGGCCAAGUUCCACGACCGGCUGCAGGCGCGCUACGGCAAGCGGUUGCGGCUGCCGGCGACGCCCGAGCAGCUCGUGGCGAGCUGGCCGCGACUUUUCGGGGAGCGCUUCGAGGAGCGGCGCGAGCACCGACCGCUCGUGGUGAUCGUGGACACGCCGCGGCCGCAGCCGCAACUGAGGAGGGUCCGGCACGUCCUCGCGGCCCGCGCGCUGGAUCUCUCCGCCGGCGCGAUGGGCUUCCCGGACGACGACGCGACGGUCAACGCGGGCGCCCGGCACGCCGAGGGCGCCCACCGCCCCCUGCUCGCGGCGCUCUUCGCGAACGAGACGUGGGGCGGCCGCUUCGACUGGCUGGCGUUCGGCGCGGUCGACGCCGCGGCCGCGGCGCGGUUCCUCGCCGCGCGGGACGCGGCACUGACGUGGUUCCUCGGCGCGCCGGGCCCCGGCGCGGUCUGCCGCCGCGACCGGUCCGCGGACCCGUUCGCGUGCUGCGCCUCCGACGCGGCCCCGUGCGCCGUCGACGUCCCCCCGCGCAAGCCCUACUUCUCCUUCGAGGUGAACGGCUCGCGACUGCGGCCGGCGCCCUGCCGGCGGUACCGGAACGACGGCCGGUACGCGUCGUUCUCGUUCAAGCCGUGCUGCCCCGUGAGCGCCGCGGCGUCGGAAACGCCGCCUCGCGAACGCGUAUCGGCGCGCGGGAGGGCUCGGUCGCGCGCAGGUCCGGCAGCGGCGGCGCGUCGACUCGGACGCGACGGGCUUUCCCUACCGCUACCAGCCGCGGCGGGGCCGCGUGCACUUCCACGCGCUCGCCUUCGACGUGGACGUCCCGUACUUCGUCAGCCGGGGCCUUUUGGACCGGGCGGCGUACCGCUGGCGCGCCUGCGCGGACAAGCUCGCCUGCGGCGCCGCCGGGAAGCGGUUCGCCACGUGCGCGUUCAACCUGGGCGCGCACCUCUCGCAGCUAUCGGACCCGCGUAAACUAAUGUCUCUGUC